UUGAAUUCCGAGGUACGUGAAUGCAACAUAAGACUGUCAUGUCGGCCCCAGAGGUACCGCUGGUUAUAGGAAGGCGAUGGUUGGGCGGAUCUGCUAUUAGAAGAGUCUAAUUGACCACCCAUGGAUCAGAUCACGUUUAAACAUGACACCGUGCUGUCAGACGUUCACAUGCACCUGCCCAAUACGCACCACCUCAUGACACGCCUCACCAGUGUUGGGCAGCCAGUUUUUAUGUCCAGAUUUAGGAUCUUGGCAGAAAGUCAUGAUGACAGUGAUUCUGGGAAAGGUUUAACAAACAAAAAGAAGCACACGAGUCCAAGGACAGACGGAGUAGCCUCUCAUGAACAGGAUGAGGAGGAAGGUAGUCAAGGAACCGUGGAGCCAUUCUUGGAUGAAGACGGAGACCUUGAUGUCACACAUCGACCACGAAACAACUCUGUGGAUGAUGGCGACAGAGACUUGGUAUGUCCGAUCAUCCUCCAACAGUCUGUUCCUGACCUGGAACAAGAGGAGGAAAAUGAUGACAGUGAUCAAGAAGAGGGUCAUUGCUCAAAAGACAUCAUAAAGAUUGAGCACACUAUGGCUACUCCCUUGGAAGAUGUUGGCAAACAGGUUUGGCGAGGGGCCCUUCUCCUGGCUGACUUCAUCCUCUCCAAGCCAGACAUGUUCCGAGGGGCCACCGUCUUGGAGCUGGGAGCAGGGACAGGCUUAACCAGCAUCGUCAUGGCAACCACAGCCAAAACAGUCUACUGCACAGAUGUGGGAGAAGACCUUCUACGGUUGUGCAGCAGGAAUGUAUCUUUAAAUAAGCACAUCACUGAUCCAGCCGGUGGGGAGGUGAAGGUAAAACAACUCUGUUGGCUGCAACACAGUCUUUGCACAGAUGCUGAUAUGGAGUUCAGUUGGACAGAAGAAGAAGUUGCUGAUCUUUAUGAUAACACCGACUUCAUUAUUGCAGCUGAUGUUUGCUAUGAUGAUGAUCUGACAGACAGCCUCUUCAGAACUCUGUACCGACUCUGCAGCAGCUUUAAUCGCACAUGCACAGUCUUCAUCUCUUUAGAGAAAAGGAUGAACUUCAGUCUGCGACACAUGGACGUUUGCUGUGAGGCCUACAAUCAUUUUAUGCACUGUUUGACCCAGCUGCAGGACCUGGAGGAUGGACAGUGGAGAUUUACAGUGGAACAUGUUCCUUUAAACUUUCCACAAUUUCUUUUAUAUGAACGUAUUGAGCAGCUGGAGCUGUGGAAAGUCACUGCAUCUUCACUUGCAUUUGAACAAACCCGAUCGGAUUCUAACUUCGGCUGCACCAAGAAUUCAGACGCUGAGCAGAAUCGUCCAACGCAUCAGCUUGAUCGGCCCUGACCACAGACUGGCUGGUGGAAGCUCCAAAUAUCUGUGAAAAUGAAUGCACCGUAGCUUAAUGCAACUAGGCUGUGUUAAUGACAUCACCCUGUGGCUUUGAUGCUGUUGAUACAUGAAGAAGAAUUACUGUUGGCUAUUUUCAUAGCCAGCAGUAAUUGUAGUUGGCUAUUGUUGGUGAUUAAAAAUGAAGUGGAAGCACAGAGAUGCUUAGAAGCUACAAAGGAAAGUAUGUCUUGUUAGACAUGUUGAGACACGCUGACAGAUCAGGAAGAGCCGAGGAUGGCUGAACGGAAGGCUGCCAAGUUGCUCUGUUUUAACCUUCUCCGCCAUGGAGCAUUCUGGGUAUGGAAAUAUUGACAGGAUUUUGGAAAAGCACAGAGACUUGUGGUGUGGAUGAAUGUGUGUGUGUUAGUGUGAUUGGGUGAAUGUGGCUUUAAAGUGCUUUGAGUGGUAGGGGGGACUAGAAAAACGCAAUAAGUAUUAAGCCCAUUUACCAUUUGUAAAAAAAAAAAAAAAUAAUACAUAGAAGUCAGCAAUGGUGCACAGAGCCUGUUCUUAUUUAUUUCCCAACUCAACUAUUAUACUGAGAAUGAUAAUUAUUAUUAUGAUAGCAUGGCAGAAUCCUGACUUAAGCGGGAUUUUACCAAUAUGAGUGCAGUCUUAGCUGUGAUUACAUUUGGAAAUUGGCGCCUCGCUGCAAAUGAGAGCCACAGCUCAGGGGACUUUUAUGUAUCAGAACAACAUGGUGCUGGCUGGGGUCAUCUCAGGGGUGACUGUGAAAUAAAUACCCGACUUUCAGUCAGCUCCCUCUGAAAAGCUCUGGUUGGAAAGAUCGCAGCGUAGUUAGAACCUGGAACGGCACCGGCAACGCACGGUUCCUCCAGGAUACCUUCUGUAACGCAGGGGUCAGUCCAGAAAUAAUUGCUGUGGGCGAUGUGAACGGGCUGAUAAGCUACUCAUGUGCCAGCGGGUCAGCAGGAAAACCCACUCUCAAUCCUUCCUUUGGCGAUGUCCUCCAGCAGUGCCAACGCUGCCAUUGUUCCACAAUUACACGCUCCUUUAUGCAGCGAUUCAUGGACAUGUGAUUGUCUCCACUUUGAGAAUCACCCCUGACUUGUUAGGAAUUAAUCUGCUUCUCUGACCCUGUUUUCUUUUUCAGUGAAAAUAAAAGUGUUCCUUGAAUAUUCACAUGCAUUUAAUGUGCAUUGACGCACAGGCUGGUGCUCAUUUACAUCAAAAUGAGACACAAACAGAAAUAUUCAGUUAUCUGAUUGAGGUUGUUUCCAUUAUUUUUAGGUGUGUUACGUUGUUUGGCUAUAUGUGAUUAUAUUUCUUUGUACAGAUUUAGAUCAUAAAUGCUCCAACUCAUUAAAAAACACUGGUUUCAAUACUUCUUGAGUUAAAUAAAGUUGAAUGAAGUUGUAUAUGAGGAUAUAUUUAGGGGAGCUUUAGUACUUUGUGAUUUGUUAUUGUUAAAGUUUGCGUUGCUGACGCUCAUUUUCACCCUAGGUCAAAAGUUUGUGUGAACCGCUCAUUUUAAUGCAGCAUUGAUUUUUAUACAUCCUGAGUUGUGGGUUAAACAUUUGCACCACAAGUUUUUUGUGCGCACAUGAGGCCAAAGAUGAAAUGAAAAGUUGACUGGAUUUAACCAUAAUGGUAAUAUUACUGUUUUAUCGCUGUUUGGUCUGUGUGAAAACGUGUGGAGUAACAAUAAUAAACUGUAAAACAAG